AUGGCAGCAACCAUGCUGGCCGAAUACGAUAAGACAGCUAUGGCAGAGGAUGAGAAUAUGGCUGAUAGCGAGCAGGAUGCGGAGGGAGAAGAAGAUGUGGAUUUGUAUCCUACGUUUUCUGGGUCUGCGACUUUCACGGAAUGCCAGUAUCCGCACCCAGCGGAUGAAGCAGAUGGGGAUGUUAGCGUGCCGGAACAACAAAACGGAACGGAAGCAUCCGAUCAGAAAACCGAAAAAACUGGCGCGUUGAAGGUUUCCGAUGUUGUCAAGCAUUACGAAGAAGUGCGUGCAGCCGCAGUAAACUGUCUCCCUGUUGACUAUAAGUCGGAAAGCGACGCAGGUGAUGCCGACGCGAGUUUUACAAAUGAAGCCAGCGAGAGUAUAAAAGAUGGCGCCAUAAACCAGUCCUCCGACGAGGAUUCUUCAGAAGCCGAUGAAGAUUGGGAGGUCGAAAGUGACAGGGAUUCUGUUAACGUUGAAGAACUAAAUAAAAACAACUGCAUUGUCUGUGGGCAGGAUGAAGAACACGAUCCCUGCGAGGAGUUUGAAGAACCCCUGGUGUGUUCUGUCUGUGGAGAUCAUUGUCAUCGGCAAUGUGCCCGCGAACAUGAAUGUUUCAAUGACACUGAGGACACAAAUAACUGGCGAUGUCCACCCUGUGUCCAGAACAAGCUCGAAGCCGACCCUGAGGAGCAGCAGGAGUCCUCGAGAAGAUCUAUUACAUCGAACAUUGCAAAAGAGUUACUUCCUGCUCACAGCGGCAGUCUCGGACCUAAUUCUCAUUCUAUAUUUGAAAACCCAAUUCUUGAUGAUGACCCCCUCGAUGGCACUCGAUCUCUCCGAAAGAGGAAGGCCUCUAUUGAUGAAGUAGAUAAUCAUCGUCCUCUCACUAGAAAGAGGCGCCGCCGACCAACAGAUGAUCUAAUAGAUGCGUCGCAGGUUAAUGAAGAUGCUGUUGAUCAAGAAGGCGACCCCUCAAACCCUUCAGCCCGUUCAUCAAGACGGAGAGCGAGAAAAUCCGAGAAUGGUAUUUGUAGCGUUGUCCUGAGACAACACGGAAGAUUGAUCGUCUCUUUUCAUCUCGACGGGGAAAAGUUGUCAAACAUACUUAAAAGUAGACCGCGCCCGAAGAACCAGAGAAGAAGACCUCCAAAACCUCCUCCACCCCCCGAACAACCUCCUCCUCCGCAAUUUCCACCCAUACUUUCAACACCGUAUACAGCUCCAUUCUAUUCAUUCCAUGAACGCGAGGAUCAUGAAGUUAAUUCAAAGCCCUAUGGCGGAAUAUUGGCCGAUACCGAUGCUGAUACCUCCCGAACAUUACCUCUACAAGGUGAGAGGGAUAAAUUUGAAGCAGCACGACAGAAAGCUGAAGAGGAAUGGAAACAAAAAAUGCUUCUGGCCGAGCAAAAUGCGGAAGGCUCGCCCAGAACAAGCCACAAACUCUCUGGGCCUCCAAGUAAAAUGAAAUGUAUUAGUUUUGGUGGCUACGAAAUCGAAACCUGGUACGCUGCGCCUUAUCCGGAAGAGUAUAGUCGCAAUAGGGUUCUUUACAUUUGUGAAUUUUGCCUGAAGUACAUGAACUCCGAUUUUGUGGCCUGGAGGCAUAAACUCAAGUGUCCUGUGAAACAUCCGCCUGGUGAUGAGAUAUAUCGCGAAGGGACGAUUUCUGUGUUUGAAGUCGACGGUCGGAAAAAUCCGGUUUAUUGUCAGAAUCUUUGCUUACUUGCGAAACUCUUCCUGGGAUCGAAAACCCUCUAUUAUGAUGUUGAACCUUUCCUAUUUUACGUGAUGACUGAAUACGAUGAGCUUGGGUUUCAUUUUGUUGGUUAUUUCAGCAAGGAGAAACGCCCAAGCUCCUCGAAUAAUGUCUCAUGUAUCUUAACGCUUCCCAUCCACCAACGCAAAGGCUAUGGCAACCUGUUGAUCGACUUUUCGUACCUUUUAACCCGAAUAGAACGCAAAGCCGGCUCACCUGAAAAGCCGCUUUCGGAUAUGGGUCUGGUUUCCUAUCGAAAUUAUUGGCAUCUUGUUUUAUCCUAUCAACUUCGUGAUCAGAAACACCCGACGAGUAUCGCUGAACUCUCGGAGCGCACAGGAAUGACACCAGAUGACAUUGUGUCUGGCCUGGAAGGACUACGUGCACUUGUCCGAGAUCCUCUUACCAAGACCUAUGCUCUUCGCCUGAACUAUGAUUAUUUUGAGGAAGUCAUUCAGAAUUGGGAGAGAAAGGGCUACGUUCGGCUAAAUCCCGACGCACUGGUAUGGACACCUUAUGUGAUGGGUCGCAGUAAUCAGUCACAUUAUGACCGCGCCCCACUUCAUGCUGUUGCACCCCGAGAUGAUCACGAAGAAGCUAUUGAGGACGAAGAUUCGAUACCAGCUACUUUUGAAGCAAGUAACGGAUUGUUGGGAAUCAAUGGCCUGCCGCUGAACCAUGACUUUGAGGCCAUGAACGGCCAAAACUUCGCAUCACAGUCUGAACCACCUGGGCCACCUUCUAUGGACGUCAUGUCAUUUAGCGGUCAGUUGAUGAAGCAUAGCAACAGUUGCAGUACGCCAUCGGUUACAUCAGCACCUUCGAACCCUGCUGCUGGCAUCCCACCCACAAGAUUUGAAAUUUUCCCACCGGUACAAGGGACGUCCUCGAAACGGCGCCCUGGACGUCCUUUUGGAAGCAUCAAGAAAGCCCGCGCCCCAGUUGCAUCAUCCCCCACGCGAACCAGUGGCCGCAAUACGCCCAGAAAAAACUACAAUUUAUCGUUGGCUACCCCGACUCCCGGGCUUUGCGUGUCUCCUAUUCUCCGGAGAGGUCGCAGCAAAUUAUUCGAUACUUCUCUACAAGCUGAUGGUGCUGCCGAUGAUAACGAAGAAGGUGAUAACGAGAGCCAGGGUAUUAACGGUAUGGCGGAUCUUGACAAUGAUGAUGAACUUGAAGAGCAGCAAAUUAGCAACGGGGGACCCGAAUCAACGCGAAAUCAUAUCCAGGGUGAACCUGAAGAUAUGAACUGUUACGACCCAAAUAGUCCUAUCAAGGCCGAUAAAGUCAAAGAAAAGGGUCUUGGGAUAACCGUCAGCGACUUGAAAACUGCAGCUUCCGAAGGAGGAGCAGAAAAUGAUACUCCUGAAUUAGUCCAUGGCAUACUUGACUAUGUUAACUCUACCAAUGGAACCUGCAUCCCUGCCAAGCAACAGGAGGAACAAGAACCAAAUGCUCUUCAAAAUGGUGUCCAUGGCGACAGCAUACCAUCUCCAAUACCCGUCUUAACAGAGGAGUAA